AUGGGCACAUGUCUGUCCUUCAAAACGAGUGGUGUGAAGGUGGAGCUCGGAGCAGGAGAUGGGACAUUUUACGUUAGCCUGCAAAAGUAUGAGAAUCAAGCACUCAUUGACUGCUGUAAAAAUGAAACACGGCCUGAGGAAUGUGUGUGUUCGCUCUCGUUUGGGGUUGUAGUGACGGGCCUCAACUCGUCAUCUGCGGGUAAGGAAUGGCGUUCACCAGCUGCGUUAACACCGUCCGAUGCCACUGUAAUCGACCAUGAGGAUCAAUUCCCCAACCCUUUAAGCUACAACUUCACAAGAUGGGAGUGUGACGUUAACGUGACGGUUAAGGUGUACAAGGGGAGUAACUCCAGUGACGUUGUGGACGAAUUUAUGGUGACAUAUACGGAUUCCUUUCCCCGUGUUUGGUUCAUGAACCAGACAAUUACAACUAACAAUAGCGCCUCAGCCACGUUUAUAACGCGGUACAUGUGCGGAAAAGGACACGAGAAUGUUGGCGACUGUGUCGACAGUAACCUGACCGACACUUGUCAGACCCCGUCCUCAACGGUAACGUACUUUCCCGACACGGUCACGACAGAGGAGACCACAGUUACCACAGAGACAACAGCUCCAACGACCACAACGAUGCAAGAUACAACAACUGAAAUAGUGGAUUCGACUACGACCGAGGAUCCUACCACGUCAACAACAACAACAACAUCAACAACAACAAGCAUGCGUCCUUCUACGACAACAACGGUAACACCAACCAGCAUGACCACGUCUACACCCACUCCAGCGAAAACUGCCACACCCACACAAACAGCUGCGAAAACGACACCCAAAGGCAUGACGCGGGAUCCCACUGACGGCACUAGUCAGAUCGAUGACAACAACGCCGCCUACUGGCCGGCCAUCGUCGGCGGUAUUCUUGGAGCCGUGGCGGUGUUCGCCGCUACCGGAUUUAUAUGUUACUUUAACCGGCAAAAGAAACUACAGAAGAGACAAGAAAUUUACAACGUCAAUCCGAAGGUGUUGAGAAAUUUUGAAGAAUUCACAGAAAAUGGAACUUCCGGAAGAGCAGACCUUCCAAUGGAAACAGAACAACAUUAA